UAAAGGAAAAUACCAAAGAUGAAUCAAAAUUACUGUCUAAAACAACUUUUUGAGAUUUUUUGUUUACCUUUGUCACAUAUAUUCCUGCAUUUUGAUUUCAAAAAUGGACGGAUUAACACGUAUUAAUCAACCUGCUAAUUUUAAAUUUCCAAAGCGGUCCUUCGGCAAAAAGAAUCCAGAACUACGUUCGUUCAACUCCUCCUGGUUCAAACCAUACCCAUGGUUGCAUUAUGACGAGGCAAAAGAUCUGGCUUUCUGUUUCACUUGCAUGGGCGCCGCAAAGAAAGGCAAAAUUUCUAAUUGCAAGGCUGAGGGAAGUUUUAUAUCUACAGGCUUCAGUAACUGGAAGGAUGCCACGUCAAAAUUCAGGAAACAUCAAGAUUCCAACUGCCACAAAGAGUCUGUGGAAAGAAAAGUGAAACUUCCCAGAGAAACGAAAGACAUUGGUGAAGUACUCUCAGCCGCCCAUUCAGAGAAGAAAACACGCAACAGACAGCAGCUGUUAACAAUUCUACGAAACAUCAGGUUUCUUGCUAGACAGGGAUUACCUCUCCAUGGCCAUGACAACGAGCAAAGUAACUUAAUUUAUUCAGCUUCUGAAGCUCCAUGGUGAAUCGGAUCCGUCAAUCCUCAAGUGGUUAGAAAAGAAGCAAGACAAAUUUACAUCAGCAGACAUCCAGAAUGAAAUGCUACAAGUGAUGGCUUUGAAGAUAUUGCAGGACGUGGCAUCGAACAUCAGAGAGAAUGGCUAUUUCUCCAUCAUGGUUGAUGAGACAACAGAUCAGUCUAACUGUGAACAAGUUGUGAUUGUUAUUCGUCAUGUUGACAGGGAUUUAAAUGUGCAUGAAGACUUCAUUGGACUGUGUAUGGUGCCUUCCAUCAACGCUACAACACUGACCAAUGUAAUUUUGGAUACACUAAUGCGGAUGAACAUUUCUUUGAAUAAGUGCCGUGGGCAGUGUUAUGAUGGAGCCAGCAACAUGUCCGGAGCUAAAAAGGGUGUGGCUGCUAACAUCACCAGAAAAGAAGCAAGGGCAAUAUACACACAUUGUUAUGGACACGCACUCAACCUGGCCGUUGGCGAUACCGUGAAAAGAUCAAAGGUGAUGCGUGAUGCCUUAGAUACUGUGUUUGAAAUGUCAAAACUCAUCAAGUAUUCGCCUAGGAGGGACACCAUACUCGAGCAGCUGAAGCGCGAGAUGGCACCAGAUACACCAGGAUUCCGUGUGCUAUGCCCCACUCGAUGGACUGUUAGAGCUGCUAGCUUGAAUAGUGUCUUGAAAAACUACUCUGUCCUUCAGUCUUUGUGGGAGACCUGCUACGAAAGCACAAAGGAUGUCGAAACCCGUUCAAGGAUCAUUGGUGUGAAAGCCCAGAUGCAGAGUUUUGACUUCCUCUUUGGAGUGUCCCUGGGAUACGACAUACUCCGUCACACAGACAAUUUAAGUCGAACGCUGCAGACGAAAGAGUUAUCAGUUGCUGAGGGCCAACACAACCGAACUUUCGUUGUCAUCGCUAAGUGAAAUGUGAAAGGAAGAGUCCUUCAAUACUUUCUGGGAAUCUCUCAACAACAAACUUGACGAUCUAGAUGUCAAUGAGCCAACUUUGCCAAGGCGAAGAAAAAUGCCGAUGCGGUUUGAAACAGGAAAUGUCCCUCCAGAGUUUGCAGCAUCAGAAAAAGACCUCUAUAGACAGCAGUAUUUUGAGGCUUUAGAUUUAGUAGUCAACUGUGUGAGGAUCGUUUUGACCAGCCGGGCUACCAAGUGUACCGCCAUCUAGAGGACGUUCUUUUGAAGUCUGUGUGUGGUGACAAGACAUACACAGAAGAUCUGGACUUCGUGAUAAAAUUUUGCUGUGAUGAUUUGGACCAGACAUCUCUAUCUUCGCAGCUGGAAACAUUCACAUCAUUCGCAAGAAACAGCUUGAACAAUUCAUCAACUAGUGUUGUGUCUAUUUCGUAUUUGGUAAAGUUGGUGUCUGAAAUACUUCGAGCUACCAAAUGUCUGUUCUCGGAGAUUGUAACUCUCUUAAGACUCAUUUUAGUGAUGCCAGCCACUAAUGCCACAAGUGAGCGGACAUUCUCUGCACUGCGCCGAGUCAAGACCUAUCUUCGUGCGACUAUGACACAGGAGAGGCUUAAUCACUUGAUGAUUCUACACACCCACAGGGAAGAUACGGAUAAAAUGGACUUAUCAGAAGUCGCUGACGAGUUUGUCUCAGGGCGGGAUGGACGAGGACUUAUUUUUGGACGUUUCUGAACUGUUCAAUGAAUCAAUGUAUAUUUAUAUAAUUUGAUAAAAAUGAGUUUAAUGUGUUUAACUUGCAUACAACUUAUAUUACUUAAAAGUUAUUAAAUGUUUGAAUUGAA